GUGGAUAAUGCAGUGGAAGCAGCGAAGGCAGCGUUCCAGAGGGGGUCUCCGUGGAGGCAGAUGGAUGCCCUAAGCAGAGGACGACUCCUGCACAAGCUGGCCGAUCUUCUCGAGCGAGACAGAGUUAUCCUGGCAACUCUGGAAACAAUGGACACAGGAAAACCUUUUCUUCAGGCCUAUUUCAUUGACCUGGAAGGCUGUAUAAAAACACUCCGAUAUUAUGCUGGAUGGGCUGAUAAAAUUCAAGGCAGGACUAUCCCAGUGGAUGAAAAUUUUGUCUGUUUCACCAGGCACGAACCGAUGGGCGUCUGCGGAGCUAUAACUCCAUGGAACUUCCCGUUGCUGAUGCUGGUUUGGAAGAUGGCACCAGCGCUGUGCUGUGGAAACACUUUGGUUAUCAAGCCAGCUGAACAAACUCCUCUCACAUCGCUCUACAUUGGCUCGCUGAUCAAGGAGGUGGGUUUCCCUCCAGGUGUGGUGAACAUUGUGCCAGGCUACGGCCCCACAGCUGGAGCUGCUAUUUCUACCCAUCACAGCAUUGACAAAAUUGCUUUUACUGGAUCAACAAAGGUCGGAAAACUGAUCAAGGAAGCUGCUUCUAAAAGCAACCUCAAAAGAGUGACAUUAGAGCUCGGAGGGAAAAACCCCUGCAUUGUGUGCGCAGAUGCGGACUUGGACUUGGCGGUGGAAUGUGCCCAUCAAGGCGUGUUCUUCAAUCAAGGGCAGUGCUGCACGGCUGCCUCGCGAGUGUUUGUGGAGGAGCAGAUAUAUCCGGAGUUCGUCAAGCGCAGCGUGGAGUACGCCAAGAAGCGACUGGUUGGAGACCCCUUUGAUGCCAGAACUGAGCAAGGGCCCCAGAUUGACCAAAAGCAGUUUGAUAAAAUCCUGGAGCUGAUAGAAAGUGGGAAGAAAGAAGGGGCGAAGCUGGAGUGUGGAGGUCUCGCCAUUGAAGACAGAGGCCUGUUUAUAAAACCCACUGUGUUUUCGGAGGUCACCGACAACAUGCGCAUCGCCAAAGAAGAGAUUUUUGGGCCAGUUCAGCCAAUUAUGAAGUUCAAGAGUAUAGAAGAGGUCAUAAGAAGAGCCAACAGUACCGAGUACGGACUUACGGCUGCGGUGUUCACAAAGAAUCUGGACAGAGCGUUAACACUAGCUUCUGCCUUGCAGUCAGGAACUGUCUGGAUCAACUGUUACAACGCUCUCUAUGCACAGGCUCCUUUUGGUGGCUUUAAAAUGUCAGGCAAUGGCAGAGAACUCGGUGAAUACGCUUUGGCAGAAUACACCGAAGUGAAAACUGUCACCAUUAAACUCUCCCAGAAGAGUUCAUGAGGACAGAAGGCCUAAAACGCUGACACUCUGAAUGUGACACAUGGGGACGUGUUCAGAGCAAGGGGGAAGGGAGGGGUAGGAAGGAAAAUGGAAACACCUGACUUUAUUCCUCUAAAAACACUGAAUCUACUGGACUCCAUCCUGUCAACUGGCUCUUUGAAAACUGAUUUAAGUGACCCUACUGACAGCACAGCACACACUUGUACCGUACAAGUCCCUGGCUCUACAUCGGUCUGCUGCCUGUGACUAAAAUGCUGGUGAGUCACAGUGUUUGCCGGACAUCUGCUUUCAAACCGUACC